AUGUCUCAAGCCUCUCUUGUUGCUCUCACCGAAGAACUUCGUCCUUACAUUGAGGGGGAAAUGACGAAUAUGAGAGCACCAGUCGGGGUUCUGAAAAAAGUGGCGUGCACGCUAUAUUAUCUGAGUGACGAAGGACGGCUACGAAAAACUGCAAAUGCCUUUGGAUUAUCACGAGCGACUGUGUCGAUCAUCGUGAGACGAACAUGCAAAGCUAUUACGUCUCACCUUGGUCCAAAAUAUAUCAAGCUUCCAUUCUGUGAGUCCAAAGUUGAGGCAUUGGUUUCCGGAUUUCAACGUGCUCAUGGUAUGCCUCAGUGUUUAGGGGCUGUGGAUGGGACUCAUAUCGAAAUUAAACAGCCCUCUGUAAACUCCACGGAUUAUCUCAACAGGAAGGGAAAGUACUCCAUCAACGUUCAAGCUGUAUGUGACUACAAUUACCGAUUCAUGGAUGUUGUCAUAAAGUGGCCUGGAAGUGUCCAUGAUGCACGUGUUUUUGCCAAUUCUAAGGUAAAUACACACUUAAAGACCGGAAAGAUCCCAUCCAUGGAGAAGAAGAUUUUGGACGACGAAGAGGCCAUACCCAUUUAUCUUUUGGGUGACCCUGCUUACCCUCUAAUGCCCUACUUAAUGAAGGAGUACUGCAAUGGUGGAUCCACUCCCCAAGAACAAUACUUUGGACUUUGUCUCUGUAGAGCCCGCAUGGUUAUCGAGUGUGCGUUCGGGCGGCUCAAAGCCAGGUUUGCAUCACUCAGAAGGCCUAUGGACAUUAAUAUACGCGACUUGCCCCAUGUUAUAUAUGCAUGCUUUGUUCUACACAAUUACUGUGAGGUAAAUAAGGAGACUCUCGACGAACAUAGUGUUUCUGGAGCCAUUCACUGUGACAAAGACUGCCAGCCUCCCACACAGAGCAACAACUACAUCACCGACUGUAAUGAAGGAGGUGGAAAGAGAGUCAGGAGAAUCCUCACCAGAUUCCUUGACCCUUAG